AUGUCAGAUUGUGCAGCAUAACAAAAUUUCAUCAAUUUCUUAUAGAUGGAAAAGGAUUUAAGUAAUUUUGAAGAAUAUUCAUCUUAAUUGAUUUUCUCAAAUUAAGAGAAUCCUUCAUUAACUUAAAUAGUUGAUUAAAAUCAUGUUCCUUAAAGUCAUAAAGCAAAAAAGAUCAAGAAGAAGAAAAGAGUUGAUUUCCAUUAUAAAAGAAGAAGAAGAAACAAUAAAAAUUCAGAAUUGAAUAAUACAACAUCAUUCAAUUUUGAAGAAGAUCAAAAGAUUUUAUCACUUGUACUUGAACAUGGCCCUAGAUUCUCAAUUGUUUCUAGAUAUUUUAAUGAUAGAAAUUAGAAUGCAAUAAAAAAUAGAUAUUACAAAUACCUUCGAUUUAGAUGGGAUUAAAUAUUAGGAAGGUAAAUGAAUAAUUUAUAUUAUUAUUAGUGAUUAUAUUCAUCUUAACUAUAGAAAAGAAGAUGAUUAAGAGAAUAGCGAAGACAUAAAUUAAGUAAUUUAAGAGAUGAACUUUUUUCCUGAAGUUACAAACAUUUUGUCAUCACUUGUUCAAAGAGUCUAUUCCCAUUUUAAUUGA